AUGCAUCGCCCACUCCUCAUCUCGCUCCUGCUCCUGCUCCUCGGCACACCAAGCCACGCAGCCGAGUGCAGCAAGAACAGCGGCUAUGGCGACAAGCCAAGCGACCUUGACAUCCUCGCCGGCCAACACGUCGUCUACUCGUACCCCAACAGCAGCCAGCCGCCCGAGGCGCUGCUCCGCCUCACCCGCGCCGGCCUCGUCGGCGGCGUCAUCCUCUUCCGCGCCAACAUCGACAACGGCACUGCCGCCGCCAUGCGUGCCCUCACCGCCGCCUACCGCGCGUCCCCCGCGCCGGGCCUGCUCCGCCGCACCACCGGCCGUGACGCCGCCUUCCUCAUCACCACGGACCAGGAGGGCGGGCGCGUCCGCCGCAUCGCUGACGGGGAGCCCGUCAUGUCGGCCAAGAAGAUCGGCGCCGCCGCCGAUGCCGCCGGGGCUGGGGCCGGUGCCGGUCGGGCGGCUGCUGGGACGCUGCGCGAGUACGGCGUCAACGUCAACUUGGCUCCCGUGCUUGACGUGUACCGCCGGCCGGGCGACUUCGAGGACUUCUUUGAGCGCUCCUUUGGCAACACAUCCGAGCAGGUCUCCAGGGCCGCCAUCCCCUUCAUCACGGCCCAGCAAGCCGCCGGCGUCGCCGCCACUGCCAAGCACUUCCCCGGCCUCGGCCCGGCCUCCCACGAAGCCAACACCGACGAGCAGGCCGUCACGCUGACCGAGUCGUUGCACGAGCUGCAAACCAUCGACAUGGUGCCCUACCACGCGGCUCUGGCCGCCGGGGUUGACCUCGUCAUGCCCUCGUGGGCCAUCUACCCUGCCCUCGACGCCACCUACCCGGCCGGCCUGAGCAGCAAGUGGAUCAAGCAGCAGCUGCGCGGCGAGCUUGGCUUCCGCGGCGUCACCAUCUCCGAUGCCAUGGAGGCCGGCUCGCUCGCCGCCUUUGGGGACGCGGCCGCCACGGCCAAGCUGGCCACCAAGGCCGGCAUGGACAUUCUGCUGGCCAGUUCGCGCAACGUCACUCAGGGGGUUGCGAUUCGCGAGGCCUUGGUGCAGGGGCUGCGGUGCGGCGAGCUGGAUGGCGAAGAGUUCAAGGCGGCAACGCAGAGGAUUGCGGAAUUGAGGAGUAAGAUCCCCGAGUGA